AUGUCAAGGAUUGAAGAUCUCGUUACUCGUGUCGACAAGUUUGAAAGAACACAGCAGCAACAGAUCACACGUUUGGAACGUUUGGAGCAGAUGAUGACGGAGAUGGAAGUUUUAAAGCCAAAGCGUGAGACUUUUUACCUUACGACGGCCAUUCACUAUACGAAUGGUUUGCCACAUAUGGGACAUGCUUAUGAGAAUGUGUGCUCGGACGUCAUAUCCCGAUAUCAUCGUGUCUUUGGCCGUGACGUUUACUUUCUCACGGGCACGGACGAACAUGGACAGAAGAUCGCACAGACGGCUGAAGCUGCUGGUGUCACGCCUCAGGAGCUCGUAGACAAGUAUGCAGCCAUCUUUCAGCAACUUACCAAGGAUCUUAAUAUGAGCAACAACAACUUUAUUCGCACUACAAGUGAUGUGCAUAAGAAAUUUGCCCAAUGGCUCUUCCAACGAGCGCUCGAUAGGGGCGACGUGUACCUUGGCAACUACGAGGGAUGGUACAAUGUACGUGAAGAGACAUUUGUUACUGAGACAGAGGCACAACUCACGGACUAUAAGGAUCUUACGACUGGUACGCCUUUUAAGAAGAUGAAGGAGGAGUCGUACUUUUUCAAAAUGUCCAAGUAUCAGGACCAACUAGUGAAGCACAUUGAAGAGAAUCCCGAGUUCUUGCAACCUGAAGUACGUCGUCAGGAGCUGCUGCGUCGUCUGAAGGAACCACUGCAGGAUUUGUCAGCCUCACGUAAUACAUUUACUCAUGGCAUCCCUCUGCUUAGUGACCCGAAGCACGUCCUCUACGUGUGGUUCGAUGCAUUGGCCAACUAUCUUGCGGCCAUUGGCUACCCGGAUGGUCCGGAUGCUCGCUACUGGCCUGCUAACGUGCACAUUAUCGGCAAGGAUAUUACGUGGUUUCACUGCGUCAUCUGGCCGUGCAUCCUGAUGAGCACGGAUAUUCCGCUGCCCAAGCGGGUGUUCGCCCACGGCUUUGUGAACGCUAAGGACGGGUCAAAGAUGAGCAAGAGCAUUGGCAACGUCAUUGAUCCGUAUGAGAUGAUCAACAAGUACGGACUAGAAUCGUUUCGCUACUUCAUUGUGCGCUCGGCAAAGUUUGGCCAGGACAUGCCUUUUUCCGAAGAUGACCUCAUCAACAUUCAUAACUCGGAACUCGCCGACACCCUGGGCAACUUGGUGCACCGCACCGUUAACAUCUGUAAGAAGUAUUCGAAUGGCGUUGUGCCUGAUAGCAAGGCGGACAAGCCGUUUGAUAUCUACCAGCUGCUGAAGUACUCGGAGGACUCGUACAAGGACUUCUCGUUGCAGAACGCUUGUAUUGCGAUUGUCAAUGCGUUAAAAGAUACCAACAAAUAUCUGACGGAGAAGGAGCCGUGGCAUAUGAAGGAGAUUGAGCCACGUCUCGUUGUUGUCCGUACGUGUCUCGAGGCGAUCUACGUGCUGGCUCACUACCUGAUGCCUAUUAUCCCGAAGACCACCGAGGCGAUUUUUCAAAAGCUCGGCACGGCGCCUACUACUCUGACGGCGCUAUCUCCGGACUAUGACAACUUAAAGCCUGGUAUUGAGGUGUCGGUUGGCGACAUUUUGUUUGAUAAGAUUUUGACCGAGGAGGAGAAGCAGAAGCAGAGCGAGUCGGCAGCUGCCAAGGCUAAACCUGUGAAGGCCAAGUCUGAGAAGACCGCCACGUCGUUGUUUGCGGCGCUGGAUAUCCGCGUUGGUGUAAUCUCCAAGGUAUGGAAGCACCCGGAGUCAGAGAAGCUCUACUGUGAAGAGAUUGACAUUGGUGAGGAGGAGCCCAAGCAAAUUGCUUCCGGUCUGCAGGCCUUUUACUCACUGGAGGAGAUGCAGAACCGUAAGGUGCUUGUGCUGCUGAACCUGAAGCCAGCAAAGCUGGGUGGCUUCAAGUCGCACGGUAUGGUCCUGUGUGCAUCCGAUGCGAGCCAUGAGAACGUGCAAUUUAUAGAGCCUCCUGCUGAUGCCAAGGUGGGUGAGCGUGUGAAGGUGACGUUAGAGAGCGGCGAGCCACUUUCUGCGGCGCAAAUCAAGAAGCAAAAGAUGCUGGAAAAAGUUUCACCAGACUUUGUGACUGAUGACAAGUGCGUGGCGACGUACAAGGGCGAACCGAUCAUGACUUCUGCUGGCCCGUGCACCGCCAAAUCUCUCGUAAAGGCAUUUAUUAGCUAA